GUGAUAGAUGGAGGGGUUAGGAGAGAGAGAGCAGAGCGUAGAUGCGUUUGGUUGGGCCGCGAGAGACUCUUCAGGCCAUCUCUCUCCAUUUGCUUUUUCUAGAAGAGAAACAGGAGAAGAAGAAGUGAGAGUGAAGGUGCUAUACUGUGGAAUAUGUCAUAGUGAUCUCCAUUGUCUCAAGAACGAAUGGCAUUCCUCUGUUUAUCCUAUGGUUCCUGGUCACGAGAUCGUUGGAGAAGUGAGUGAGAUAGGGAGAAAAGUUAGUAAGUUCAAUAUUGGUGAUAAAAUCGGUGUGGGAUGCAUAGUCGAUUCGUGCCGCACGUGCGAGAGCUGCCGUGAAGAUCAAGAAAACUAUUGCACCAAAGCAGUCGCAACCUAUAACGGAGUUCACUACGACGGGACGGUUAACUACGGUGGAUACUCGGAUCACGUUGUUGUCGACGAACGUUACGCCGUCAAAAUUCCCCACACGUUACCUCUUGCUUCGGCCGCACCUUUGCUUUGUGCAGGCAUCUCGAUGUAUAGUCCUAUGAAGUACUUUGGAUUGGCCGGACCGGGGAAACAUGUCGGAAUUGUGGGGCUAGGCGGUCUUGGACACAUCGGGGUGAGGUUUGCUAAAGCAUUUGGGACUAAAGUCACGGUGGUUAGUUCGACCGUGGGGAAAUGUAAGGAUGCUCUUGAAAAUCUUGGAGCUGAUGGGUUCUUGGCCAGUACUGAUGAUGACCAAAUGCAGGCUGCAAUGGGAACUAUGGAUGGCAUAAUCGAUACUGUUUCUGUAUCACAUUCAGUUUUACCAUUAAUUGGACUACUCAAAUCCAACGGUAAACUUGUUCUACUCGGUGCAACGGAGAAGCCUUUCGACCUACCUGCAUUUUCCUUAAUCAUGGGACGGAAGUCGGUGGCGGGAAGUGCUAUCGGAGGAAUGAAAGAGACGCAAGAGAUGAUAGAUUUUGCAGCUGAACAUGGCAUAAAAGCAGACAUUGAAGUCAUAUCCAUGGAUUAUGUGAACACCGCCAUGGAUAGACUUGCAAAGGGAGAUGUUAGAUAUCGGUUUGUCAUUGACAUCGCCAACACAUUGGCUGCUACUCGAUCUUAACUAAACUUGAUAUAUUCACAUAAUCAU